UCCUUGCUGCAAUCUCCUCUCCCUCGUGUCGCAUUGCGAUAAAGAAUGAACAGAAUAAAAUAAAGGGGGGCGAAACCGAAGAGAGCUGAGGGAGGAGGGAGCGAGAGCGAGCGAUCGCCCGAUCGAUCGAGAUCCAACGCCUAAUCAGAAAGCCGAACUUUUCGUGUUCUCCGCGCCCGUUUAGGAGGCUGAAUCGAAGCCGAUUUGCGCGUGGUGAGUUCUUGUCGUGGAUUUGGUUGGCAGCUGUGCCUGCUUCCGAAUGCAGGAGGCCUGAAUCGCUUUGUGAAUCGCGGGGAUCGGGGAUCUGAGUUGUAUCCGGCUGCCUUCGGUAGUUGAUUCGAUCGAAGAUUGUGGUUUGGGCUGGAUUUGAUUGGCGAUUUGUCGGUGGGAGUUUGAUCUGCCGGUAGGGUUUUGUGUUACGAUCGCGGCUUCCGAUGAUGCCCGAUGCCAGGCACAAUGCUGUUUCCAAUUUGUCCAGUGCUUCGCGGGACAACCUUGAAGGUGGUCUCUGGUUUGAAGCUAUGUGGCAGUUGAAAAUCGAGGACGGCCAAGAGGGAGCUGAUGGCCAGCUGAGUUCUUAUCCUGAUCGCCCAGGCAUGCCUGACUGUCUUUAUUAUCUGAGGACUGGUAGCUGCGGAUAUGGAAACAGCUGCAAGUAUAAUCAUCCUACUCACACUUGGCAGAACAAUCAGUUUAGUGCUGAACUCCCUCAGAGAGAUGGUCAACCUGAUUGUCAGUUCUUCCUGAAAACAGGAACUUGCAAGUAUGGGACAUCCUGUAAAUAUCAUCAUCCACGGGACAAACAUGAGACCAAAUUGGUUCAGUUGAAUGUGCUGGGGCUACCUAUCCGAAAGGAUGAAAAGCCAUGUGCCUAUUACAUGAGAACUGGAACUUGUAAAUAUGGAUUUGCCUGCAAGUUCAAUCAUCCUCAGCCAGUCACUACUGGAGCGACAUUCCCUCUUACAGGAUCUCCAGCCUAUGGAUAUUCAAGUCCCAUAGUACCUACAUCUGCCUCCCCUGUAAUUGGUGGAAUUUCACCAUGGCCCUUAUCAAAAGUUCCUUACAUGUCUAGUCCACGAAUGCAAGCUCUUCCAGCUUAUGUACCACUGGUUCUUCCAACCACCCAAGGAACUAUGGCUGGGCAGCAGGGUUGGAGCACUUACAUGCGUUCUUCAAAUGCAUGCCAGGGAAGCAUGAACCAUAUCUACUCUCCCAAUAUGCUUGCACCUAACCAGAUAUCCAACUCAAUGCAUCAAGAACAAUCAGGCUCCAUCCUCCCACUCGAACUGCCCGAGAGACCUGAUCGACCAGACUGCCAAUAUUACAUGAAAACUGGGAGCUGCAAGUAUGGAACCUCAUGCAAGUACCACCACCCCAAGGAGAGUAAUCAAGCAGCUAUAGCUGGCAUAGGACCACUUGGGCUUCCUCUAAGACCAGGUCAGCCAGUAUGCACGUUUUAUACCACAUAUGGAAGCUGCAAGUUUGGCAUGGAUUGCAAAUAUGAUCAUCCACUCAUCAGUUAUUAUGGUUAUACUCUACCGUCUUUCUCCUAUACCGAUCCCACCAUAGCAUUUGCCCAGGAAAAGAGUUCACCAAUUGUAUGGACAGCAGAAAAGCCCUUUCCCAAGUCAUCAAAAACACCUGAUCAGCACAAUCUGGAGAAUCAUGAACAUGGAAAUACCUCGGCGCACACCACAUCCAACACUGAACCUUCAGAAGAUUCUCCAUGAUGAAUAAAUGUUUCAACACUAACCAGUCGUCCCAAGAUGGAGAUUUUGGAUCUCUGCUCCAUAGUGCCACCCUCCUCCCUUGCCUGUCAUCUCGAGCCCUUCUGAGGCAUGGCCUUUCUUACUGAAGAAUUGCAGGCAGUGUUGUAAGUUAAACGAUUUUUGUUCCACAGCUUUGCGGAAAACUAAACCUUUUGAUGUCUGUCAGAAUUCUCUGUUUCCAGUUUCCCCUGUAAAGCUGGUCUCCCAGAAUAAAAGGUGAUAAAUUAGGCUCGUGUCUCUCGACUGAGCCUUUGUAUCU